AUGCCCAUACCACCUCAAAACUGCCAAACAAUCAUCGAUUUGAAUCAGAAAUCAGUUACAUUGACUUGUAGUAAGCAUAAUCGAUGUUAUUAUGGAUCCAGUUAUUCCUACUACUUCUACUUGGGUAGAAGAGAUUCCAAUACUCAAAUACAAAAAUUUUCGCUGAAUGGCAAAAGAACUAAAGUGAUUCAAUUUUCUCAAUUAAAUGCCAAAGUAAAUUAUUAUUGGUAUGCUAGUAAACGAUUUGCUACCCUUUAUUUAUGUAAACAAAUUUACUACAUUGAAGACAAUUUAGAAGCUGCUAAAAACCUGAAAGUUAAAAUUGAUUGCACUCGCAUCACAUUUACAUGGGAUCCACCAGCUGUAGAUUCGAGUUGCCAACCCUUCCUUCAAUAUGGCAUAUACUAUAGAAUUUAUUCUGCUAGUGGCAAUACUGAUUGGAAAUAUGCCUGCAAUAAAACUUCUCAUACCCAAUGCCAGAUUACUCUUGAUGGAAGGAAAAUAGGCUCUACCUUAGUCUAUCAAGUAUUGGCAAGCACAAUCGACAAUCGCCACCACUCCACUAGCGCAUUUUACAGAACUUGGCCAAAUAUGCUGUGUAAGCCAUAUAAAUUAGAUCAUAUGUGA